AUGGCGGUCAUUCCUGAUAUUCCAGCAAAUUCGGGUACGAAAGUCUUCGCGGACAUUAUUUUUACCUUGUUUGGACUGGGUUUUAUUCUGAUUCCGCUUUAUCUUAUUGGUCUCGUCGUCUACAAUGUCUACUUUCAUCCUUUGUCCCAGUAUCCGGGUCCAAAGUUCAUGGCAGCAACUCGGAUACCUUAUAUGCGAAUGAUCUUAAGUGGUCGAUAUCCACAAAAGACCAAGGCACUGCACCAACAGUACGGUGAUGUAGUUCGCAUUGCUCCAGACGAACUUUCCUUUACAAAUGGUGAGGCCUGGAAGCCAAUCUAUGGGACUCGUACCGGCCACAGUCAGAAGCCCAAAGAUUAUCGAUUCUAUGCUCCCACCUUCGGAGGAAAUCCCAGUAUUAUUGUCUCCAAUGAUGCAGACCAUUCUCGCUUUCGUCGCUUGUUAUCACACGCGUUUUCUGAUAGUUCAUUGCGUGGUCAGGAACCUAUCAUCAAGAAUUAUGUUGAUCUGUUAAUGCAACGCUUGCAUGAGAAUAUUUUGGAUGGAAAAAAUGCCGUUGACAUGGUUGCUUGGUACAACUUUACAACAUUUGAUAUCAUUGGCGACCUUGCUUUCGGGGAGUCAUUCGACUGUCUCAAGAACUCAGAGUACCACCCGUGGAUAAGCAUUCUCUUCAGUUCUCUCAAGUAUGCCGCCUAUACAAAUGUUGCUCGUCGGCUUCCAGGAUCAAAAUACCUCGUUCCACUUAUUACUCCCAAGAAAAUUGUUUCCCGGAGAAAUACACACCUAGCAUUGACCGAAGAAAAGGUCAAAGGCCGGAUAACUAAGUCGAAUGAAAGGCCAGAUUUCUUUGGAAACAUCCUCAAGCACAACAAUACUGAGAAAGGGUUCAGUUUCCCAGAAUUGAUAACCAACGGUAGUACUUUGAUCAUCGCCGGCUCCGAAACUACUGCAACUUUGCUUUCAGGGGUGACCUACCUGCUCUUGAGAAACCCACUUGUGCUGGCUAAGCUUCAAGAUGAGAUCAGAUCAGCCUUCACCAAGGAGGAAGAGAUUACACUGGAAUCCUGCAACAAGUUAGAAUAUUGUCUUGCAGUUCUCACCGAGACUCUCCGAAUGUACCCUCCGGUCGCGGUGGGACUACCUCGGAUUGUUGAUGCUCAAGGUGAUAUGAUUGCUGGAAACUGGGUCCCAGGAGGUACUAUCGUUUCCGUCUCACAGCUUUCUGCCAGCCAUUCCCCAGCCAAUUUCAAGGAUCCUGAGAAAUUUAUCCCAGAACGCCAUAUGGAUGAUCCUCGCUUUGCUAAUGACAGCAAAACUGCAAUGCAGCCGUUCAGCUUCGGCCCUAGAAACUGCAUUGGACGAAACUUGGCAUAUGUUGAAAUGCGUAUAAUUCUGGCCCGCAUGGUCUUCAACUUUGACAUGGAAUUGGAUCAGCCUGAACAGGACUGGACGGAUCAAGAAUGCUUUGUUCUAUGGGACAAGCCAAAGUUGAUGGUCAGGCUAAAACCAAGGCACACGGUCUAG